AUGGGCCCACCCGCCUCCAUCGGGAAUAAUUUGCCUCCCAGCCCAUCUGUCAUAGUCGAGGAUAUUUUUAUCCUGGGCCCAUGGUCCGCUGGCCCAUAUCAUACAGGAUAUUAUGCACGUCCGUUCCCUCCUCGCACAUGGAGUGCAAGCAAUUCUACGGUUGCAGUGUCCAGUAGCGAUAUCAAGUGCAAGCCUGAUCUUGUGCUAUCUGAUGAGAUCAAGCCCAAGUGGGGCAAUAUUCGCAUAUGCGCUGAGCUGACAUAUAGCCAGUAUAAGCCUGCACAGCGGAUUGUGAAGGCUGCUGAUACUCAGGCAUACUUACUUCUCAGCAACCAGCCCUGGAGACGUUUCGCACUCAUACUGUCAUUCACACACCAAUAUCACGAACUCAGGGUCUUGUUGUAUGACCAUGCUGGUGGUGUUGUGACCCCUCAUAUCAAAAUCCAUCAGAAUCCGAACGCGUUCACUGAAAUCAUUGCUGCUGUUGUAUUUGGCAGCCCAGAAUGUAUCGGGUAUGAUUCUACGGUCACCUUCUGGAAAAGUGUUGCACUUCCCCAACCCCCAGGUACAGUCAUACCUGAUUAUCGCCCAUUCAAGAACUUUCCUGCUCGAACUACUCGGAGUGUUACCACUCCUGCCGAACAUGACAGUGAGUCUCUUGCUGCAUUGCACGAGGAUCCCCAGGAACUGCCCGCCAAUUAUGUGGCCGACUCAAUACUCCCCUCCCAAGAUGACCUCGAGCCAAUACCCCCCGCUGACUAUGCUCCCAAGUUAACAUCCAAUGACGAUCUUGAGUCUCUUGGAGACCCGAUAGAAGAGCUUCCUGUUUGCCCUCCUUCCCCUGCUCUCCCUCCUCCUUUGCAUAUUCCGCUUCAACCCCUUGCGAUCACCAGUGCUCUCUUGUUGGCCCUUGCAUCUCGGUCUCCUCCCCAGGGGCCUGAUGCCACCUUAAGUUCUACCCCUCAUCCUUCCCAUUUCCCCCACACUCCUCAAUUGCCUGCAGAACCCUGUAGCCAGAUCUGUGUCAAGGACAAGAUCCACACUAUGCUGAGGAUCCUUUUCAUCACCAAGGGCCUCGUUGGUCGCGGAACUGUCUGUUACCUGGUUAGUCUUGACGGAGAAGAAUAUAUUAUUAAAGACCACUGGGUUCAGGGUGGUGAGGAUAAAAUCUUAAAUGAGAUCAACAUGCUAGAAGCGAUGAGCGGCAUUCCUGGUGUUCCACAGCUAGUAGAUUACUGGCUGGUCAAAAAGUCAGACAACAUUGUUGACAACACACGGGAUUAUCGCCACACAGAAAAUCCGAGUAUUCGAGGUACCCAUCGUACACACAUUCACCUCGUCAUGAAGCCCUGUGCUCACCCCCUUCAUGCAUUUCAAAUGCUGAAGGAACUUGUGAGGGUGAUUAGGGACAUCACUAUCGUCCAACGCAUGGCAGUAGAGUGUGGCAUUUUGCAUCGUGACUGUAAUCUUUACAAUGUGAUGAUUAUGGGGGAGCCCAAUGAUAGCAGGGGGCUAUUAAUUGAUUGGGAAUUUGCUGUAUUCAUUGCUUCGAAUGAUGAAUAUACUAUUGGCGGUACAGGCACAAUCCCUUUCAUGUCACGUGCACUUCUUGCCCAAAUGGCGGAAUUGCAGGGCAAGGCAACACUGCAAGAAGCGCAGAAAUCCUCUUCCAAAACUUUGGCACUGCCGCCAUCUCGUGUCUCUCAGAGCUUUGGGGAUGACCUCAAGUCCCUUUUUUACGUCUUCACCUAUAUUUGUAUCAAGUACAGUGGUCCUAACGGCAAGGAGUGCAAAGAGUCUAUACACAACUCGUUGCUGGAUAGCUGGUCGACUCUCAACCUGGAUGACUGCAAAUUGAGGAAGGUCUACUUUUUUGCAGUUUCAUCAGAGGAGGCCUGUCUCGAAAGACAGAUCCACCCAUACUUCGCAAAACUUAUCCCCCUUGUGAAAGACACAUCGGGGUGA